AUGUCUACAAUUAUGAUUUGCAAAAAAUUGUUCAAAAGUUUUAAAAAAAAUAGCUCGCUCAUCGUCUUCUUCGUAACGUUACUUUAUUUUUUUUACACGUAUGUGUCCUUGUUUUUGUUUGUUUUUAACAAUGCCUUGUUCUACCUGUUUUUGAACAUCACUCUGUUUUAUCUAUGCUUCCAUUUCGUGGUGAGGGCCCUGACGUACCCCGGUAGUCUCUUCAUAUACUUCCACAAGACAAAUUACGACAACAGUGUAGAACUAUGUAAGUUUUACAUGAAGGAGUCGGUGAAGUUGUCACUGAUUAUAAGUGACAUUCGAGCAAACGCCAGGGAAGUGACUCUACAGGAAAAUGACCCCCGUGAAAAUUUCAAAAUUAAACUGCAGGCACUCUUCUCAAAUAGCAAUAACAAGGAUAACUACUUUAACUUUUUCAGCGGUCUAUAUAUAUUUUACACGCUCUACAUUAGCUAUUACCUCUACAUCAACUUGGAAGAAAAUGUAGACUUCAAUGAUGAACAGUUACUUUUUUACUACUACUUGAAGCUAUUCAUGAUAAAAAUAAACGAACUGAAGGUGUACAUUCAUCAGGAUGAUAUUAUAUACCCAGAAAUCCUCACAGAAAUAAAAAUCCACAAGGAUUUUAACCAAGCAGUGCACGAAUUCAUACUUAGUAGAAAUCCCACCUACGAAAAAUUCUGCGCUCCCACAAGAGAAAGGAAAAGGGACUCCAAUAUUCACACAGCAAAAUGGAAGUUCAACAUUUGGAAGCGCAUAUUUAGGAGGAAGGAUGUGCAAGACUGCAGGUCAGUGGAAGAAUAUGCAAACUUGUUAUCAGAAAGGGCAAAUGAGAAUAAUUCCUAUGGCGAUAAUGGCAAUCCUCAUGAUUUACCCCCCGGGAGGAAUUCCAACCAAGAGGAAGGAAAAUCAAGGCACCACUUGGAGGAUAAAAGAGGGGAUAACUUUUAUGAUGGCUCGAAAGUAGACAAUUCUGUGGAGAUCAUUCCUCCCAAAUAUGUCGACAUAAAUAUUUUAAGUUUGUUUUACCAUGAAAAUUACGAAAAAUCCAUAACGCAUGCUAAUUAUAGAGACUUUUUUAUGAUAAUAAACGGUGCUGAUUUCCUGAAACUUCUAGACGAAUUGACACAUUUUUUAAACAAGCUGGGAGAGCUUUUCAAAAUGAACGCCCAAAGAGAAAGUAUGAACAUGAGAAAUAUAAGCAAGUUUAUUAAUAAUUAUGUAAAGAAGCACAUAGCAGGAACAAUGGAUUUGUUUAAGUAUGAAUUGAUUUUUAAAUAUUACGGAAAACAGGAGUACUUGCUAGUCAACGGUGCCAAAAUAGAUUGCAUGUUCAUACCAUGUAAAAGGUUUCUAAAUGAUAAAAUACAAUCAUAUAUUGACUUAAAAAAGGAGAAUCAGAAAAACAGGGCAGAAAAAAAGCACCUAACUAAUGCACUCACCAAUGGUCAUGUCUAUUUAAACGCUUUCAAUAACGAUUUUUACAAUUACAUAUAUCAAGACAAUUAUUUGUGCGACAUACCCGUGGUGCUUUACUUCAACCCCAAUGCUGCAUACUAUGAAUUAAAUGCUUGCUAUUCAGGAUCAUUAAAGUUUUACCUGGAAAAUAAUGUAAAUGUUUUUGUGUACAACUAUCGAGGGUAUAGUAAAUCUAGUGGUUAUCCAAAUUUGAAUAGAAAUAAUUUAGACGCUUUAAAAAUUGCCGAAUAUCUUUUAUCCAGGAAGGUCAAACAUUUAGGGCUACAUGGAACAUCCAUUGGAGGUCCCCUCUGCUCCUACGUUUCCUACCAUCUGUGCAAUUUUAACAAAAAAAAUAAUAAUAUGGAAUAUAUGGAUAAAUUGUGCAAAAAUGAAAUUCGCAUCAAGAUCACCUGCAAGCAGAUAAACAAAACGAUAAAAUUGAUGAGUAGAAGGAAGGAUAAAAUUUUAAAUAUCCUCUUCAUCCCGAUUAAGUAUAUUAUUCUGCUUCUCCAGUUUAUUGUGCUUUGUAAGUUGAAAAUAUCCAACAUGAGGAUUAGGAGGAAGAUCAAUCGAAGUAUAGACAAUGGGAACGGUAUCGGAAAAGGCGACUGUGGUAAAGACAUAGAUGGAAACACACGCACCGAUCGUCCGAAAAUAUCAUUUGUAUGCAUCGACAAGUCCUUCUACAAUUUUGAGGAAGUGGCCAAGUACAUGGUGGGUGAGUACGCCUACAACAUCCUGCAAUUCACUUCCUACAAACUGGAUAUCACGAAAUAUUACCUGAAUUCAGAUGUUCCCAAAAUUUUGAUUUACGACAACAACGACGAGAUCAUUCACUACAUGUCCAGUGUCGUUACGGGGGUGUCAAAGGAAAUUUCGAAAUUGUACAAAAGUGGGGAGGGCAAGGUCGGAGUCCAAGGUGGAAGUUCUAUGGAAGGAAUCGCAGAAGGAUCCCCAAGCCUUGGGGAAAGCAGCCAAAUUUUGCUACCCUUAGUGAAUGGAAGAUUUGAUGAAGGCGCAUAUAUACCACAGACAAAGAUGUAUUCGGAUUUGUACGCCAAGAAAAGGGCAAACCCGGAGUUGCCACUUCCUCAAAAGGAGCAACUUUUGGGUGGAUGUAUUCUGAGCACCCCCAAUAGGAAGCCUCCUUUUGUCGCCCAGUUAAUUAUAGACGAAAGUGUGGACAAGUGUUGGUUUGAAAAUAAAGUGAAAAAUAUCGACAUUGGUCUAUUUUUGCAGAGCUGGAAAGUGAUAAACGAUUGCAUUUUGUUUCUAAAUAAAUCUUCCACAACGAACAACUCGUUCAUUUCGAUAGGACUGGAAACGUAUAAGUCGAUCAUGUCCUUGUACAACUCGAAGGAAAACAAUUUGGAGAAACAAACACAUAAUGCUAUCUAUUGUAUUUAUAAUGAUAAUAUGAGUUUUAUGGAUACAUUUAAAAAGAUAAAUCCCAAUUAUGACGAUUUCGAGAUGGCUGAAAAUAUAGGUAAGGAUAGCAACCAUGUGAAGAAGCCAAAUGUGUGCGAUAUGCUCCGCGAAAAUGAAGACUUCAAAUUCGAAAUGGAAAAGCUGAACAGAAUUUUGAAAGAUUUGUACAUGUCAAAGAGGAAGGAAGUGGAAAAGGUGCACUUCACAUAUAGCGGAUUUUUUCUCAAAAAUGAUUACCUCUAUAAUUAUAUAAACACGAAAAAUAAGAACAAAGAGGAACCUGCUUUUAACAUAGAAGAAGUGGACAUCAUCAAUUUCCUAAACCAAUUUAGUGAUUCUUUAACAGAAAUUUCAGAUGCGAUUAAUUGUAAUUUAAAUUCUUGUGGACAAUUAUUAACAGAAUUGAAUGAAGUUGGAGAAAAUGAAAAAAUAAAUUUUUUCAAAUCUUUCAUUUUUAGAAUGAAGGUAUAUGGUUCCUACCCUUCUCAAUGUUUUAUUUCGUCUGAUGAGGAACAAUAUUGUAAUUCCAUCUAUCAGCUUCCUUUUAUUUUAUCUGAAUGUUGUCACCAAGAAGGGUUAGAUCCUCAAGGGAAGGUCAGGAAAUAUUCUUACGAUUUGAACCACACUCGAGAUGAUGAACUGCUCUUCGAUGGGGAGUAUCCUAACAGUGAUUCGGAGGAUAUAUAUUUCAUGCAUAGCGAUUCGGAAAAAAGGACGAACAAAGUUAAAGGGGAGCGAAGCAAAGACACUUUUAACUUCAAUCCCAGUUUUGCAGCAGACUAUAACUAUACUAUGCUUUCUCCUUAUGUUGUAAUAAAGAGAUCCAUGUUUUUACACGACUUGAUAGUAUGCUUGAAUUGGUUUAAGAGGAGUACUGCGGUUGGUUCUCCUUCUGUCGGUUCCUUGUCAUCUACCUCUGCAGGUGUUUUUUAUCAACUCGACGAAGAUACCUACUUAGUGAACCCCACACAACUGUUGCACACCUUGAAGGCGAAAAACCAGAAAUGGCAGAAUAGCCAGAAAAAUAACACGACGCGCUUAAGCAGUGGCAAUUUUCUGGACUUAUUUUCCAACGAUAUUGGAGUGGACAUAAACAAUGCGGAUUUUUCAAAAGAGCUAGAAAAGUAUGUAAGCUGGAUGCGCCUGAACAACAGAAUGAGCCUUUGCAAAAUUCUGCUUUCUCUAAAAAAUGAAUUACGCAAAAUGAAAAAUUAUACAGAAAACUUAAUUGAUGAAUAUAGCACCAUUAACCAAAACACGAACAUUCACUUUAUCAUUUUCCUAAUCUAUCGCAUAUUAAUUUUUAAGAAGCUUCUAACUCACACUUAUAUAAUUUAUACCUUUUGGGAGCGGCUGAGUACAUCCCUGGAUGUGAAUAUAAAUGAUGUGGAGGAGGUUGCAAGAGAUAUUGACCUUCUAACGUUGGAACCCAUAUCUCAUUUCGACAUUUUCUAUAAGGGUGCCUAUAAGGUCUACUCCCCCAAAAUUUUGGGAUGCCCCCUGCUCGUUAACUGCGGACAUAAUGGCACGCUAACCAAGGAGGACCUAGGUUUUUUCAGCACCUGCUUGAAUUUCUACCUCAAGGAGUAUGCAUGA